GUGGCCCCUGGAAUUUUGCCUUCACAGUCAAAUUUUAUCCACCAGAUCCAGCCCAACUCACAGAGGACAUCACAAGGUAUUACUUGUGCCUGCAACUUCGAGCAGAUAUUAUCAGCGGACGUCUACCAUGUUCUUUUGUAACACACGCACUGUUAGGUUCCUAUGCUGUACAAGCUGAACUGGGGGAUUAUGAUACUGAAGAACAUGUUGGCAAUUAUGUUGGUGAACUACGUUUUGCUCCAAAUCAGACCAGAGAAUUGGAAGAGCGUAUUAUGGAGCUACAUAAGACUUACCGGGGCAUGACACCUGGCGAGGCAGAGAUUCACUUCCUGGAGAAUGCCAAGAAACUUUCAAUGUAUGGAGUUGACUUGCAUCAUGCUAAGGAUUCAGAAGGCAUUGACAUCAUGCUGGGUGUUUGUGCCAAUGGCCUUCUCAUAUAUAGGGACAGGCUGAGAAUAAACCGUUUUGCCUGGCCCAAGAUCCUCAAGAUUUCAUACAAAAGAAGUAACUUCUACAUUAAAAUUCGACCUGGCGAGUAUGAGCAGUUUGAGAGUACCAUUGGUUUCAAGCUGCCCAACCAUCGCUCAGCUAAGAGACUCUGGAAGGUUUGCAUUGAACAUCACACUUUUUUCAGGCUGGUGUCACCCGAGCCUCCUCCAAAAGGUUUCCUAGUAAUGGGCUCCAAAUUCCGCUACAGUGGGCGAACACAGGCUCAAACUCGGCAAGCCAGCGCUUUGAUUGAUCGUCCUGCCCCUUACUUUGAACGCUCCUCCAGCAAACGGUACACCAUGUCUCGCAGCCUCGAUGGAGAAUUCUCCCGCCCAGCUUCAGUGAGUGAGAAUCACGAUGGAACAGAGUCAGACAAGAGAGAAGAUGAUAGGUAUAGGGGAAGGACGAGAUCUGAAGAUGAAGAGGUGACUACUCCAACAAAAAUCAAGGAGUUAAAGCCGGAUCAAGAAACCACCCCAAGGCACAAACAGGAGUUUUUAGACAAACCGGAAGAUGUUUUGCUAAAGCACCAGGCCAGCAUUAAUGAGUUGAAACGGACCCUGAAGGAACCCAAUAGCAAGCUCGUGCACAGAGAUCGGGAUAGAAGGCUGCCUUCUUCGCCUGCUUCUUCUUCACCCAAACAUGAAGAUGAGACGCCAAAAGGGACCCCUGAGAAGGCCAAUGAGAUGUCAGAAGAGGAUUCUCCAGAGGAUCUGUCAUCUGAACAUGGAGCUGCCUUAAUCAUGGAAUCUUUUAUACAGAAAAGCCUUGUUUCUUCUCCUGAGGAUUCAGAGCAUUGGGUUUUUAUAGAAAGAGGAACUUCUGGGCUGGAAGAGCUAGCACUAAAACAAAUUAUUAAGACCCAGAAGGAAGAAUCAAGCGCAGGUGCCUCAGGAAAGCAAACAGAUUUGGACUUCUCAAAAGAGCCCACCGCAGUAGGGGUAGACAAGGCAGCAACAAAGCAAGAGGUGAAAGCAAAUGAGGGAAGCAAAAUAAAGGUCCACAGAAAAGCCAAAAUGAUAGCCAGUCCAGAAGAUUUUGAAGCAUUUUUCGACGAUGAUAAGAAUGAGAAAGAUUACAGAAAAAAAUCUUCUAAGACAGAAAAGCUUCCUGGGGAAAGAGAAGAAAAAAGCAAUAAAACGGAGGCAGCACUGUUUGUUUCUUCUGAACCUGAGAAAAAAGAAGAAAAGAAAGACAAAAUAAAGAAUGUGGUGCUAGCCUCCACUGAAAAUAUGCAACCUACUGGCCUGCACCAAUCUGAAGACGGACCAACAUGUGCCUCUGUUCAUCCAGAAUCUCCCAAAAAAGAAAACAGAAUUCUAAUAAGCGAACAUAGGACUUCCUUGAAAUUAUCAGAAAAGGAAGUUCUUCAGGAUACCUCAGAUUCUGACUCAGUUAAAACUAAGGUGAAACUAAGCGAUAAGACAGGAUCUUCUGCUGCCGAACGGAUCAUCUAUUUGGAUUCUGAAGAAACAGAUGAAACAAAUGAUGAGACCAAGGAAAUACUUGACCAAAAAAAGAAUUGUGCCUUUGAAACGAGGCAAGAAAGUGAAAUAGAAAAACAGAAGAGCAUUAGUCUUGCCCCAGUUAUAGGAAAGAGAGAGGGAGAAAAUGUGCUUCCAUUCCCCUUAUCCACAUAUUGUGAAGGAAUGUCAGACAUCAGCGAAACAAUUCUUCAGUCAGAGCAGUCCGAGACUGCAGAUGACAACAACGUACACUCUAUUAAGCAGUCUUCAAAUGAAAAAAAAGUUCAUUCAUCCAUUUCAGGGGAAGGUGUGCCUAUAGAGUCAGAUGAUUAUGGAAUCAAAGAUGAUCAGAAAUGCAGUGCAUUUUCUUCGACAGAUGAAGCCUAUGGAAAGGAUUCCAUAAUCCCAUUAUCAGUGCCUCAGUUACAAUCUGGAUUCUCCACCAAAGAGGCAACAGCUUAUCCUUCUUACGAACAUAAAAUAGGAGUGGAUGAAACAUAUAACAGCAGUCCUCCAGAAGGGAAAAAAGAAUAUGAUAAGAAGGAGGCUGAUACUGCCAUAGGAACACAGAGCAUAAUAUUAAAAACUUCAGAAAAUCAAAGCAAAAGAAAUAAGUUAGAAGAAAUGGAAGCUACUCAAAUACUUCUUCAGAUGGAAGCCAUAGAAUUUAUGGACUCCACCAUGAUUGCCUCACACAAUCAGCUUUCCUGUUCUUCAGAAAGUUCAACUAGAGGUUCACAUAUAUCGCAAGAAGCAAAAACAGAAAAAUUAGCCCAAGAACAGACUCAAGAUUCAAACUGGCCUCUUCAGAACAAAUUAUCAGAAGGUCAGGAACUAGUCCAAAGUAAAUACAUCAGAUCUGAAGAUUCCACCAAAGAUGAACUUCCUGACUCAGAGCUAUUAGCCAAAGAUGAAAGUAUUGAAUUGAAAAGUCCAGCCAUAAACAAACAAGAUAUGGAAGGUGGAGCCUUUGUUAAUUCUAGUGAACAGGCUCCGAUGACAAAAGAUAAGUCUACCCUGUCAGAAGAUUCAACUAAAAAUAAACCAUCAGAUUCACAUAAUAUGUCAGAAUGUAGAGAAACAGCUAAAUAUGAAUCCUCCGAGACUGAAGAGUAUGACCGAAAUGAGUCUCAUAAAUUAAAUGGGAUAGCUAAAUAUAAAUUCCAAGAAUCAGCAGAACUCCCAAAAUUAGAAGACGUGGCUAAGAAUAAUAUUCCAGAAUGGGAGGACUUAGAUAAAGAUAAGCUCUGUGAAAUGAAUGAGCUGACCAAAGAUAAUACUGCAAAGUCAGAGGAUAUCGUUUUAACUUUAAAUCUAGAUGAAGUAGUUCAGGGUACAACCUCUGGCUUGAAGCAGCCAUCUAGGGAUACAAUAUUAUUAAAGCCUGCCUCUGUAGUUGUUUCUAAACCUUCAGAAUUGGAAGGUCAUUUAUUUGUAAAAAAGGAACUUGACACUACACAGUCUGUUAAGACUGGGUCACCUGAAUGGAACAAAGAAUGUUCACAACCUCUUCAUGCUAUAAAGCAGGACCUGAAAUCUGUGCAAACUACACAUAAUAAACAAAAACCCAAUCUAGAACAACUCAAGCUCAUAGGGUAUAGCACAGCUUCAUCUCAAAAGCAUAAGGAUGCAGAUUCAUCCACAGAGAGCUCAAAGGAUUUCAUUGAGCGUAAGAGUGCAACAAAUAAAGAAAACUCCGUAGCUUCUAGAAUUAGGAUGUUUGAACAAGGUGAAAUGUACAGCUCACUUUCUGAUGAACCAGAUGUUGCCUUAACAGGAUUCCACGAUAGUUUUCCAGGCAGUGAGAUACCAAAAGAUUCAUCAAGCAUAGAACUACACAAAGAUACAUUUUUGGAAAACAGCUGUGCAAAAUUAAUAGUGGCUUUGCAACCUUCAGAUGGCAAAACAAAAGACCCUGGAGGGACAUCAGACAUGGUCUACCUCGCUGAAAAUCAAGGCACAAGUGAGGGAGAACCAUCUCAGCUGUCAUCUUGGAAGGAAGAUAUUUCUCUUGGAUCUGAGCAAGGAGGAGAAAGAGAAGCUGAACUGGCUUCUCCUGAUUCUGGCUGUGAAAUCACUUUGGCAGAAGCUGUGAGCAAAUUUCAAGAACAAACUUGGGAAGAAAAGGAUUUGUCAGGCCUAUCAGUAAAAGCCUUUCCGAAAGAAGAGAGUUUAAAGGCUGCUCCUCCAGUGGCCCUUCAGAGAGCGGGAUUGAGGGAGGGCACAGAGGAGAAAUCUAAGAUGCCUCGGCACAGGGCUCCUGAAAGUGAUACCGGGGACGAAGAUCAGGACCAGGAGAGAGACUCGGUCUUCCUGAAGGACAACCAUUUGGCCAUCGAGCGCAAGUGCUCCAGCAUUACUGUCAGCUCAACUUCCAGCCUCGAGGCUGAGGUGGACUUCACCAUCAUUGGUGACUACCAAAGUGCAGCCUUUGAAGAUUUCUCACGGAGUCUCCCUGAGCUUGAUAAGGAAAAGAGUGAGGGAGAAGCAGAGGGUCAGAUUUCUACUGAGGAAACUGACAGAUCAGCUCCCAAGGAAGAUGGUGAUGCAAUGGAUGAAGAUAAGGUUUAUCAUGUAACCCCAGAAGAGUCCUUCAAUCAGAAAUCAGAAAUUGUAAAGAAAGUGGAAGCAGACAGCUCUGUGCAACACAGAAUUGGUACAACAGAAAUUACACAGGUUGAUGGUACCACUACAGAUGGAAAAGAGGCAGUAACCACUUCCCACACUGAAAGCCCAGAAACUAUAUCUACAACCUCAGAUCACAGUACCAAACCUACAAAAGGCACUUCAGAUCUUCGCUCCAUUUCUCCAAUUGCCAGUGGUGCUGUUGGCAAAGAAGCCUUCACCAGUCUUUUUGGUGCCACUGCAGAAACCCUCUCCACCUCCACAACUACCCAUGUUACCAAGACUGUGAAAGGAGGAUUUUCUGAAACUAGAAUAGAAAAGCGAAUCAUCAUAACGGGGGAUGAAGAUGUGGAUCAAGACCAAGCUUUGGCUUUAGCCAUCAAGGAGGCAAAAUUGCAGCAUCCUGAUAUGCUGGUAACCAAAGCUGUAGUAUAUAGAGAAACAGACCCAUCUCCAGAAGAAAAGGACAAGAAGCCUCAGGAAUCUUGACCUUUGUAUUUCUAGAAGUUGGCAUCUAUUUUAACUUUGAAGUAAAGAAGGGGCCUUUAUGCUGGAUUCCUCACUGAGACAUAGAACGUCCUGGCUGCAAGAAUAAUGUUGAGAGACAAAAUAUUAAAUAAAAAGGAAUAGCAAAUAUAUUAUAUAUUAUAUAUACAGGAAACAAAAUGCAUCCUUGCACUGCUGCUAUAUGCUGGAGAUGAAUAAAACAGCAACAUCAGCAACAAGCAAAACCAACCACCUCUUCAAAUAAAUUGAAGAAUUGACUGAUCUAAAAAAAUCAUGAUGGUAAUAAUAUUAAUAAUACAAUAAACCACCAUUGUGCAUGUUACAUUUAAAGAACACAUAAUUCAUUUGUUGCACACUGAAUGGAAAAGCAAAAAUGCUUUGCAACAAAGCAAGAAAUCAACUAGCAAAACAAGCAGAAUUACAAAAUGAUUCCCUGAUAGGAAAGAAUUAAAAUCCAUUCACUUGUAUAAUUUGUUUAUUAUUUUCUAAUUUGGGAUGUGCAGUGAUCAUCCUUUAUUUUCACGCCACGCUACUUUUGUUGCUUCACCAUUGGAUUUUUAUUUUCCCCAAUUGGUCCUUCCUUUUUUAAAUGUUUCCUCUUCUCAUCUAAUGUCUUAUUCUGCUGAAGAUAAUUAUGACUUUAUUUCACUUAAAGCAAAGGAAAAUGAUAUGUAUAUGAUUUCUCACUGAACAAAAUGCAGCCUGUAGAGAUUUCAUAUUGAUGUGCUUUUAAGUUAUGGAUAUUAUAUAUAACUGGGGAGGGUGGGGAAUGAUAUUAAAACAAACAGUGCUAAGUGUGACAAUGACAUUUUCACAUUAUUAUUAUUUGAUUGAUAAUGGUUAAUGUAUUACAAGACUUUCAGAUUAUGCCAGUAUCCCAUGAAACUAAGAAUAGGGGAAAAAAGAGGAAUUCUGAGGAAGUUGUCUCACUUGAAUUUGGUGACACAAUCGUGAUUGUCACUGAUUAAGACACAUACAACAGUAUGGAAGGAGUCAAAGGCAACAAAACGGAUCAGUGUUACUCCAGCUCAGUUAGAAUGCCUCAAAUGUGCCAAUUAACAGUGUCUCUUCAUCCUGCAGGCUUAGGAGGAGCACAAGGUCAUCACACAGAAUGAGAUCAAAUUGCUUCAUUGUUCAAGGCCUUUAUUUAGCUGUCUUUCAGAGCAAAGUGUUUAUUUAGGGCAAAGUUAUUAUUGUAUAUGCCAUGACGGUUUUUCAAAAUUUGAAAGUUUGGUUCCAAAUCUAUCGAUUACGUGGCUCCAGUUUCUGAUUCAUGAAUGUGAGAAUCUGCCAGAGGCUGCCCUGUUCUACUCACGUGUGGUUUCAUUUUGUCAGAUUGAGACUUUGGAGACCAUAUCUAUCAGGGAGAAAGAACACCCCUGCCUUCUUUAAAUAUGGGAUUCUAUAUCAGAACAGGAUUUAUUCAUGGGUUUCUUGAAGAUACAUUCAUCUGUCACAGUAAGCUGUGAAGCUUAGAGAACCAAACUACUAACAGCAAAUACUGCUCCGGAGUAAGGAUACUAUUAAAUAAAACUGCUCUGCCAUUAAUGAAACCUAGACAUUGUCCUUUACCACUUUUCAUUACCUCAAGAGUAAUUAAAGCAGAAAGAAAUGAGACAAAUUUAAAUGAAACAGUUUAUACUUUUCCUUCUACAUAUUGUGAAUUGGAUAAUGACAUCUCAUCUCUAAUUGGAAAUAUAAAUAAAAAUGGGAAAUGGUAAUAAUCAUUGGAGUAAUGUGGAUGUAUCUUAUAUCAUAAAUUGUUUGCCAUUAUAGGAGACACUGGGCCAUUGGCUGUUAUUAUGGCUCCUUAAAAUUGGAUCUGUUUUUGGCAUGUAGGAGUGUCCUAAUUAAACACUGAAAGCAUAGAUAUAAACUUUAUGCUGUAAGAGUCAUUUCUAAUUUUCAUGUAUCCAAGUGAUUUUCUCCUUUAGAUUUUUUUGAGGAUUUUUUGUUUCCUUUUAUUCUUCUGGAAUAUGUGAUGCCAUAAAACCAAAACAUCAAAAAAUGUAGAAACCCAUAAAAUAUGUAGAAAACAAAAAUCUUGUUCUGCUGAUUUCAAAAACUGAAGAAAAAUCUUGGUGGCAUUAUGUUUUUUCCCCUCAAUGUUACAAAAAAAGUAUUCUCCCCCUCCUCCCCUAAACUUAAUUUCAUUUUUAAUUUCAAAACAAAGUUCAGAAAUUAGGUAUAUAUAAAGUACAUUCUAUUGCUCCUUCUAUAUGAAUUGAUAUACAUGAAUCUGCCACUAAAACCUCUGGAAACAAAUUGCUUCAAAACCCAUUUAUAUAAAGACCAGAAUCUAACUCUUGUCAAAUACAGGAAAGGAAAGCUAAAAUAGAUUUGGAUUCUUCCCACGGCAUGACUGAUGGGUAGCCAUUAACAAAAACUAGUUUUUUGUUUACCUAGCAAGAUGUGGCUUAUAUAUAGAUAUCUAUAUUAAUAUAUAUAUAUAAUAUUUAUUAUUUGUGGUAAAGUGGAAGCCAUGCAUACUCUUAAGAUCAUGGUUUCUUCCACCUUCUGCUGCCAUCUGAUAUAGUUGGUCACUCUGCUUUCUUUGGGUGAGGGGGUCUUUCCAUUGAAAGGGACGGUUGAUGCAACUGCUUGUUUGCAACAAAUUCCCGCAACUUGAUUCUAAAACUGGCCUGCAACUGCAUGAAUUAAAAAGAUUCAUAAUUAUUUUUUAAUUUGAAAAGCACCUUAACCAACUGAAAUGCUGUCAUUCCUUCAUUAAUUCUUCUGUCCUUCUGACCCCUCCACCCAUUUCAAUUUUUGUCCCAUCCUUUUCGGUCAUAUCCUCUUUCAGUGCUUGGUGAUGUAUGCGUGUGUGCUCACUGUUCUUGUAUUCAAUAAAAGUGAAAUAAAUGUAUCUGAUGCUCACUCA